AUGAAUAGAACACUUAAUCGAGUUUUUGUUAUUGGUGUUGGCAUGACUAAGUUUGAAAAACCAGGUCGACGAUCAGAUUUUGAUUAUCCAGACAUGGCUAAAGAAGCUGUUACAGAUGCUAUUAAAGAUGCUGGAAUAUCAUAUAAAGAUUUUGAACAAGCUUUUGUUGGCUAUGUUUAUGGUGAUAGUGCAUGUGGUCAACGUGCUCUUUAUACACUUGGUAUGACUGGUAUACCUAUUGUCAAUGUCAGUAAUAAUUGUUCUACUGGAUCAUCUGCUUUAUACUUAGCUGCUAAACACGUUGCAGGAGGUUUAGUUGAUUGUGUAUUGGCUCUUGGUUUUGAAAAAAUGCAACGUGGUUCAUUAUCAUCAAACUUUUCUGAUCGUACAAGUCCAAUGGAUAAACAUAUUGAAAAAAUGACAGAAUUAUAUGAAUUUUCAACUUCACCAGCUACUGCUCAACUUUUUGGUAAUGCUGGUCGUGAUUAUAUGAAAAAAUAUAAUGUUUCACCGGAUGUAUUUGCUAAAGUUGCUUGGAAAAAUCAUAAACAUUCCAAAAAUAAUCCAAAUUCACAAUUUCGUGAUGAAUAUUCAUUAGAAGAAAUCAAAAAUUCACCCAUGAUUUAUGAACCCCUAACUAAAUUACAAUGCUGUCCAACAUCAGAUGGUGGUGCAGCAGCUGUUAUUGUUAGUGAAAGUUUUAUUCAAAAACAUCCUGAUGUUAAAAAAAAUGCUGUUGAAAUUCUUGCUAUUGAAAUGGCAACUGAUCUUCCAUCAACAUUCGAUUCCAAUGAUUGCAUGCGAAUAGUUGGUUAUGAUAUGGCUAAACGUGCUGCUCAAAAAGCUUAUGCAAAAGCUGGUAUUAAACCAAGUGAUGUACAAGUUGUAGAAUUACAUGAUUGUUUUUCGGUUAAUGAAUUAAUUACAUAUGAAGCUCUUGGUCUUUGUGAAGAAGGAAAAGCUGGUGAACUUGUUGAACGAGGUGAUAAUACAUAUGGUGGGAAAUAUGUUGUCAAUCCUAGUGGUGGUCUAAUUUCUAAAGGUCAUCCAUUAGGUGCUACAGGUUUAGCACAAUGUGCUGAACUUUGUUGGCAAUUACGUAAUCAAGCUGAUAAACGACAAGUUAAAGGAGCUCGUAUUGGACUUCAACAUAAUAUUGGUUUAGGUGGUGCAUGUAUUGUUGGUAUUUAUCGUCUUGCAACAUUUAAUAAACCUCGUGUUGAUUCAAAACUGUGA